CGCAGCUAUUGAAGGCAAGAAGGUUGUUGGUGGAAGCCCGUGGAUCUAUACUCCUUCAUUUUACAUAGAAAUAGGGACCCAAUUGAAGAACGAGAAGAGGAAUUGAAGGGGCGGGAUUCACUGCUUCAGGAAGAGGCUUCCAUGGCAGCGAGAGUGGUAGAUCGGAUGGGCAUGGCUUCAGGUGAUGAGAAUGCAAGGUCGAUUUCUGCUUUUGACCAUCUCUCAGAACAAAAAAGAAACUCAUAAAGGUGGAACCACAUCUGAAGAAGCUGCUCCUAGACGUAGAAUGUCAAAUUGGAAGGCAACUCUAAAAUUUGAGGUUAAGUCAAUUGGGAUAAUACUUUGGGAUUGAUUUUGAAAUAGAGCUGGUAGAAAUGCAGACAUGCAGUGGAGAUGGGAGAACCAUACACUCCGUAUGUGAGGUAAACAUUGGGUAUGUUGGAUGGAUUAUCUUCAACAUUGAUGGAACACUUUAUCGAGAUAGUGUGGUGGGAAAAGAUUCUCACACAACCAUGAUUGAUGGCAUACAAGUUACGGGUUGUGGCGUAGGAGGCAUUGAAGCAGAAGUAACAAAGAUUGGUGAUCUGCUAUUAAUGAGGAAUAAUUAGCGAGUCCUAGCAACUUGAGUAGCAAUCACUGGACAGUGAUUGUUUUGGGAAUCUUCAUUCGGGCAAUCAUACUAAGAAGUUGGGUAAUACUUCUCUUUUUCUUCGUAAAAAAAUGCUAAAAACCCCU